AUGCCAUCAACAAGUGAUGAAUUUGUAGAUAGAAUGCAACCAAAUAUGCCAGAACCUUGGACUUUCAGGGCGGCGCUGAAAAUCAAAGUUGUUGGAAAUGUUGGAUGCGCUAAGCCGUUUGCACCAUACUAUGGAUUUUAUCGAGAUAAUCAUUCUAUUUCGUUCUUAUACAAAAGUUUUAAGAUACAAUAA